ACUCCUCCUCCUCCUUCAUAAGCCUCCUCCUCACCUCCAUCAGCUCACAGUCAGUCAGGAUCUCUCAUCUGGACUCUACUGGAUCUCUUGUUACGGAUAGCAGGUUUUUUCUAUGGUCAUGUCUCGGGUUUCUUUUCCCAUUUGUGUCCUGUUCCUGUUUGUGCUCCAGGCUGUUGCUGUGGUGAGGACCCACGCUCGAGACAAUCUGGUAAGAAACAGAAGAGAAUGGAUUCUCCCUCCAAAACCUCUGAAGGAAAAUGUAGACUACACCCACCUGGAAUCUAUUGCCAAGAUUCGAUCAGAUUUUGAAAAUAAUGGAAACAUUCGGUACUCCCUGGAAGGUGUUGGUGCCAACCAGUAUCCCUUCCAUGUGUUUGUAGUGGACCCUAAAACUGGACUAAUUCGUGUGACCAAAGUCCUUGACAGGGAGUUCAUUGAUACAUACAAUCUGUCUGGUGUUGCUACAUUCACUGAUGGCAGGGAAGCUGAGAAAAAAAUUGAUGUACGAAUCAAGGUUGUAGAUGAGAAUGACAACUCUCCAGUGUUUGGAGUCACAAAGCCCAUGGAGGUGGAUGAGCUCAGUCCUGCAGGGACUUCAGUUAUGAAAAUCACUGCAACUGAUGCUGAUGAACCAGGGAAUAAGAACUCUCAGAUCGGCUACUCCAUUGUGAAUCAGAAUCCAUCUGAUGACAUGUUCUACAUGACCAAUGAUGGGACCAUCUACGUCAAAAAGCCUUUCCUGGACAGGGAGAAAGUAGCUCAAUACAUCCUGACAGUAAAAGGUCAAGACCUAAAUGGUGAACCAGGAGGAAACAGUGCAACCACCACUGUCACCAUUAAUGUCCGAGAUGUGAAUGACAACCUCCCCACUCUGGAGAAAGAGGAGUAUGAAGGCAGUAUUGAGGAGAAUACAGAGGAUGUGGAGGUGAUGAGAAUCAAAGCAGAGGACCUGGACCUGGAGGGAACAGACAACUGGGAAGCUGUAUUUGAUAUUGUCAAAGGCAAUGAGGCCGGGUACUUCAGCAUUACAACAGACCCCAAAACCAAUGAGGGCAUCCUAAUGCUUGACAAGGCUGUGGAUUAUGAGGAUGUGAAGGACCUUGAACUAGGACUAGCUGUGAGAAACAAGGCCCCACCAUUUGAUGGAUCAGGUGCAACUGGUGCGUCUGGUGCAUCUGGUGCAACUGGUGCAUCUGGAGGAUCAUCAUGGCAAAGUGGGACCACAUUUAAAACCUAUCCGAUCAAAAUCAAUGUGAAGAACCAGCCUGAGGGGCCACGUUUUGACCCCAAAGUCAAAGCUAUUCCCAUCUCAGAAGGAGACCACUCAGUCAACAUUAAAGAUGUUAUUGGUCACUACCCUGCAAUAGAUGGAGACACUGGGAAACCAGCUGAAAAUGUCAGGUAUGCUAAGGGCUCAGACCCUGACAACUGGCUAACCAUUGACCCAAAGACAGCUGACAUCAGACUCAACAAGAUACCUGACAGAGAAUCUCCAUUCCUGGUCAAUGGGACAUACAUGGCUAAAGUGCUCUGCAUUUCAGAAGACAUGCCCGGGAAAACUGCCACUGGUACCAUAGCCAUCCAGGUGGAAGAUUUUAAUGACCACUGCCCCAAACUGACCAGUGACAUUCAGACUAUGUGUACCAUGGAUGAUAAUGUUAUUGUGAAUGCUAAAGAUGAGGAUGCAUUCCCUAAUGGACCUCCUUUUCACUUCAGCAUUGUCCCAGAAGGCACUGAGGGCAAGUGGCACAUUGAACGCCUCAAUGACACUGCAGCUAUCCUGAGGGCCGAGGAGACCCUGUGGCCUGGUUCCUAUGAGGUGGAAUUUGAGGUGAAGGAUGAGCAGGGAGAGGCCUGUCCAGAACCACAGAAAGUGAAGGUCCAAGUUUGUACAUGUGAGGAUGGAGUGGUGUGUGGAAAACGAGGCAGCAAUGGUCAGCCCAGCAAAGGAGUGGAGUUAGGACCUGCUGGGAUCGGACUGCUAUUCCUGGGUCUGCUGCUAUUAGCGCUCAUUCCUCUGUUGCUGCUCUUCUGCCAGUGUGGGGGGGCUGGGGGUCUGCCAGGGGGCUUUACUGAGAUGCCUUUCGACACCAAAUCACACCUCAUUAACUACCGCACCGAGGGCCAGGGAGAGAACACGGAGGUGCCACUCCUGCCAACACAAAUGGAUGGAGAUAUGAAUGUGGAUAUGGGCAUGGCCAGCAAAACUUUGGCAAUGAACUCCAUGGCAGGUUUGGGUCUCCAGAAAUCAGUCACUUCCAUGGAUGGGAUGAACGGGGCCACCUAUGGAGAAGGUUUUGUAAGUGACCACAGAGAAGGCACAUGGGGGAUGAACCAACUGAGCGGCAGUGGCUUCUACUCUGAGUUUGAAGGCAGAGAAUCAGGAGGUGGUGGAGGAAUUUAUGAUGUAAUGGCUCUACCAGACCACUUCCUGGCACAGUACUACACUCAGAAGGUGAACAAUGGAAAUGAGAACCCUGGAGUGAAGGACGCUCUGUUGGUUUAUGACUAUGAGGGACAGGGUUCCUCUGCUGGCUCAGUGGGCUGCUGCAGCCUCCUGGAGUCUGACAAUGACCUGCAGUUCCUCGAUGACCUCGGACCAAAGUUUAAGACCCUGGCUGAGGUGUGUGGCGGCAAGAUGAUCCCAACUGAAGUCAAACAAGUGUUCACUCCUCUGCCCAGUGCCUCCAUCAACACUCAGAUCUCAGAAUCAAAUUUGAUGACUGGCCCACAGCUGCCCCUUGCACCCCAGCCACAGCCGACUGUCCCCAAAACGGAGCAGACUACUGUGGUCAGGGAGAAAUCUGAGCGUUCUCAGACAGUGAAGGAAAGCAUGGCCAUGGUGAGGGGAGAGAUGGCAAAUCAAGGUCAGAUGCUCAUGCUACAGCAGCAGCACCCUGUGUACUACACCACUGCCCCUGUGAUGCAGCCAAUGCACUAUGUAGUCCAGCCACAGGUUCAGAACACCAUGCUGCUGGCUGAGGCACCAGCCACCAACCUGCAGGGCAUGGUACUGGUUAAUGGCACCCAGACUGUACCUGCCCAAGGCAUGGUUGUUCACGGACAGACAGUGUUGUCUAGUGGACAAUCCCAGGGCCCCAGCAUGGUCCUGGUGGAGAGGAGCAGGAUCCAGGGGGGCGGUACCAACCUGAUCAACACUGGAAACCUUUCUAGCCCCCAGACCAUGAUGAUUGUGGAGGGUAAGGUUCCUGCAGGGUCAAUGGAAGUUCUGAAAGGAAGUCAGACCUGCCUUGUGCAAGCAGGUACUCUACAGGCAGGAGGGUUGUCUGGAUCUCAGAGAGUUCUGGUGGUUGGAGGGUCGACAACUAAUGGAGGGCAGCUGGUGCAGGAGGCAGGAGGUCUGUCCAAGAAUAGUGAUGUCUCUGGUGCUCAGAGAGCCCACUACAGAAAGGGCAACAUGUCUACUGGUCCUCAGAGCAGUGUGAUGGCUUCCUCUACCACCAUGGUGAGCACAACCCCCAACUACCACAAAGUGCAGGAGACCAGAGAAAUUGAGAGAAGUGUGAUGUGAGAAAAGGCAUCUGUUAAUGCAGUCCAAACUUGCUUAUGCAUGUCAGUUUAUUGGUGGAGGGUGUGCUGUAGCAGUUUGACUGGGAAUGCAGUUACAUGUGCCCGCAUGUUCAUGCUACAGCCUCUGCUUGACACCAACAUAUGCACAUAUAUUCAUAAUAUUCACAGUUUUCAGCUGAAAAAUCUAGUCUUUGGAUCUAAACACAUAGCAGCCAUACAUUUACAGUAAAGUAUAACCAAAUACCCUUACUGCUAAGUAGCUAGCUAGGUUAGCAUGUCAACAUGCUAAACUAUGAUGGUGACCAAAGUAAAAAAUACCACUGGACAUCUUCUUUAUUUAUCAUAUUAUUUAUAAUAUAGUAAAUCCACAUCUAACGCAUUUGAAUGACAACUUAAGGUGAGCCUUGAUUCAUGUAGGUAUUACAAAAAAACUGUCAACAUGAUGGCUGUGGUUUUGUUGCUAGUAUUUGAAUUCUGUUCCAUAUCAAUAGUAUAUGUUUAUGGUGGUGUAAGCUGUGUACAUUAUUCCAGGUGCAGUGUCUCUGUAAUAUAAUGACUAAUCAUCCUGCGCAGACUGGUGUCUAUCUUGUGUACAGAAACAUACAAAGACAUUAUGGGGAAGUUUUAUAUGAUGAGAAAUAGUUAAAUGUGUCAGAGGAGUGAUAGCAUGUUUCUUACACCUUGUUCUAUUAAUACUCCUGAGAGACCAGUAGAGACCAGUGAAACAGGUCGUAAUCAGGUUCUGUGAAUACUAUAGGGCAAAAUAGACUCCCUCAAUUGAUGAAAACACAACUUUGUACGAUUAACCUGAUCAGCUGUUAAAGUUCACGUGUCAAUUUAAAUGCUCAUCCAAUGGCCAUGGAGAAAACAUCCAACACACCAUGGUGUGUAACUUAUUAUCUACAUGCUACAGUAAACCAAAAACCAGUUGACCAAGCACAAUCAGCUGAAUGAGGCACUGCAGUCUGUUUUCACAUGACUCUCUGAAACAUGACUCACUGCCAUUUUUGUUCUAUACAGUUCCAUAGGGAGUGCUGUUAAUUACACUGCCAAGCUAAGUCUGUUAGCAAUUAUGUUUUGCUGUAAAUAUCUCAUGUUGAGCAAAAUGUUUUUUUUACCAGUCAGCGUCAUGGUGUCAUGAGUUUGGUGUUUUGGUCAAAAUUUUAAAAUUUUUCAACUUUUUCUGAAAUGUUUAAUCUUUUCUUGUGUUGAAAUACACUUUCCAUUUUUUUCCAUUGUGUGUACAUGUUCAUGGUCAUAAAAGGGGAAACAGAAGUUUUUAUAUUUGACAUAAUGUUAGAAUGUUUAUUUCAGGGGAAUCUAAUGAAGAGAAUUUAUCAUAUGCUUCCAUUAAUAAACUCUUGUGUAAGACAA